UAUCAGUAGGAGCGUAAUAAAAAAAACGCGACACAUACGUUAUUUGUGAAGGUAGUGCUGACUGCUGAGAAAGUCACAGUAUUGAGAUUAAAUAUAUAAGGGUUUUUAGCAACAACUCGAACAGAUAAAGUGCUCAAGGGUUUGUUUCAGCGAGGCGAUAUAUACCAGGUGUGGAGAUUAACUCUAAAAGUAUGGCCAGUGCUUCUGCAAGGAACAAGAAAGAAUAUGUCAUCCGGGUGACGACGUCCGACUCAUGUCAAUACGAUUUAUCCAAAAAGCUCGUAAUAUACUUCCAGUCGAGCAAGUCAGGUGGAGGAGAGUGUAACGUAACCAAGGAAAAUGGUUUCUACAUAGUGAGCUUCAGAUAUAGAUUAGAUUGGGAACGAGUGCUGAAUAAAGAAGACCAUUACUUAGUUGACAAGAACUUGCGCCUGAUAGUUACAAAAUAUAACCCCAUACCUGAUGAAAACAGAAAUCAUGAGGCGCAGUUAGAGAGUAAGCGAAAAGUCACCUCAGAAGAAGAAAAAUUCCAGGAUGCAAAAGAUAAAUGUAAAACUGAAGAAAUAAUUGGUAGCACCAACACAGAGAGAACCCAGUCUAUGAACUAUUCCAUCAAAAAUACAGAAUUUACGGGACAACCUGAAAUUUGUCAGGAUGUCACCAAAAAUCUGCAGUUUGGCAGUAAGAACAAAGUAACUUCAGCAUCAGAAGAAAAGAGAGAUGAGACUACAAAAGAUGAUAAGAAUAGCGGAGACAUUGUGAAGACAGAGAUAGGGAGAACCAAAGCUAAUGAGUAUUCCAUGAGAAUUGCAGAAUCUGAAAAUUUAACCAACAAGAUUUUCCUUAAGGUGUCAGCGACUUUAAAUCUUGACCUACUUAGUAAAGAACAAAGAGAGGUGAUAAAAGAAAAUUUUCCACAACUCAAAAUCAACAGUGACUCAUCCAAUUUGAUACAGGAAGUAACAGGGACAUUUAAUGACAUUGAGAAAAUGUACAAACGUAUAGAACAGUUUGUGCAACACAAAGAAUUUUCAUAUGAUGAGAAAAAUCCACCACAGCAAGAGCAAAAUACUUUGUGUGUUCCGUCAGCUUUAUACGAAUAUUUUAAUGAUGUUUACUCUGAAACUAUUAAGAAGUUGAAUAAUCAAUUUAAUGUGAAAAUGAAUGCCUCCAAAAAUUCUCACGAUGCUAAUACUAGCAUCCAUUUCUUGUCACUCAGUGAUAAUGCAAACAUUGCAAAAGCUCAUCAGCUUUUUACUGAUACAAUUCAAAGUAUAACUUCAGAUUGGAGGCAAGAAAUUGUCUUUUUACCAGAAAAAAGACACUCCUCAUCAGAAAGGCUCAAACAGAUUGUUAGGGAGCACUUUAAUAAAAUACAUGUGAUUGUAGAAGGUAAUAAAGUCACCCUUCGUGGUCCUUCUUCUCAAUUAACAGGGGCAAAGAAAUUCUUAGAAGAAGGGAAGGCUUUCCGACAAGCCCUGAAGAUCUCGUCUUUUGGAAUGAAAACAGAAGUCACAGUGAAUGUUGAACACUUGGGGAUAUUAGGAAAACUCAAAUCUAGAAAAAUGAAAGAAAUAGAAGAAAAAUACACUGUGAAAAUGGAACAGAAACCUGCAGACUCAAAUAGUGUGAAGGUCUCUUUCAGAACUUUAAAUGAUUCCUUUAAUCUUGAAGUUCAUGCUUGUCAGGCAUUUCUCAUUGUGCUGCAGGAUACAAUCACCAAUAUUAUUAGGAAACAGAUCCCUCUGGAUCCCAAAAUGAAGGAGAAGUGCAUCCCUUUGUUUGAGGAAAAUCUAAAAUUGGAGGGUAUAGAAAUAAUCUUUCAGUAUAAUGAGGGCUCUGUGUUCCUGAUUGGGUCUCCAGGUGAUGUGUGGGCUGCUGAAAAGAAACUCAAAAUCUUGAAGGGAGCACUCCAAACUGCAGGAGCUGUGGGAGAUGAGGAGCCAAUGGAUACAAUCGAUUCCUCCUCUAAUAAAAACAAUGAAUCCAAGGAGGAUACAUGUACCAUUUGCAUGGACAGAAUGAAAAACAAAAAAAUAUUAGAUAAAUGUAAGCAUGCCUUCUGCACUGAAUGUAUUAAUAAAGCCAUGACGUAUAAGCCAGUAUGUCCAGUGUGCAAUGUAAAGUAUGGAGUUAUCACAGGAAAUCAGCCAGAUGGAACCAUGGACGUCACAGUAAUUAAAACCAGCCUGCCUGGUUAUAGUUGUGACACAUUCCUAAUUACUUAUUCUAUCAAGAGUGGGACCUAUGGGGAUAAUCAUCCAAAUAAAGGACAACGAUACCAAGGCACCACACGAGUUGCCUAUUUACCUAAGGAUACAGAAGGAAUAGAGAUCCUAAAGCUGCUGAAAAAAGCCUUUGAUCAAAAGCUAAUCUUCACAGUGGGUGAAUCUCGAACCACUGGGGCUAAAAAUGUAGUGACAUGGAAUGACAUUCACCACAAAACCAACAUGACUGGUGGAACAGCAAACUUUGGGUAUCCUGAUCCUGACUACCUGAAGCGUGUUCGAGAUGAGCUGAAAGCCAAAGGAAUUGAAUAAACAGUUUGGAUUUCCUGCUCUGAGGAUGAUGCGCUCAUUAAUAUUCUUAAAGCGAUAUAGAAAUAUUAGACAUGAAACUUUCUUGAUUCAACUAGAAUGUACAGUUAAAAAAAAAUCUUUGCAUUUUUCAUUUAUUAUCAAAUGUACCUCUUUCUUUUGGUCUCCUUGGGUAAAAGUUAAACUCUUUUCUAUGAGGACAUGCUGAAGUAUGCUCAGUAGUGUACGUUAGUAGAAAGUGAAGGUAGAGCUGUGGGUGUUCACUCACCACUACCCGCUAUAAACUCACUUUACAGGUUACUUGUAAAACAUUGCUGCAUACACUACUUCCCCAUAGUUCUCUUUAUAAAUCAUGUUUGACUUCUAUGUCCCUUUACUGCCCUUUAUUGUUAUCUUUAUUCAGUUAGUUUUUUAAACAGAGAUGCUGGUUACACCACAGGUUUCCUUUUUAUAGAUCUAUGAGGGGGAAAAUGUAUCCAUCACAAUAAGUUAAAGUAGAUUUGCAAUAUUGGUGCUGUGGAGUUUGAUGAGUUGUAUGAAUUCAUAUGUAAAAUCACAGCAAAUAAGAGAAGUUAUGCAGUAAAGUAAGCAAGUGAAUAUGAUAAGAAAUAUAGAUUACACUGCCUUAAAGUAAUCAUCUAUUUACCCUCAUUUGAUUCUUUAUAUUUACCUAUAUAUUUUAUUUCAUUUACAUACAUAUAUGCAGUAAACAAUAUAUUAAGUGUCAUCAGCUGCAGCUUUUUCCUAAUGUGAUUUUGUAGAAAUAAUUAUUCAAGUCUACGGUGGAAAUGUGUGUGUGUAGGGAAUAAAACAAACAAUAAAAUUA